AUGAGCGAGCCGGAGAAGGCAGAAGCCGUCGUGACGUCGGCGACGUCAGAAGCGCCGGCGGCCGUCGUCGAGCCUUCAGAAUCCCUGACGCCGCCGUCCGCCGACCCCUCCAUCAACAACAACCUUCGGCAGCGUGUCGGCGACACUCCGCCUGGGUUGGUUUUUCUUCUAGAAAUGAAAGUAAGAAAUGACUGGUCGCACUUGGAAUGGCUCGACGCCAACUCAGAACGACUUGGCGUCAGAAAGCAUUAUUUCAUUGAAAAUUAGUUGAGAUAUAGUCUGUGUACUACGACUUGGAAUUUCACCGAACGACAUUCCGCUGUUCCGCGGGGUCCCUUUGCGAAUCUCGGUCGCGCUUUCAAAUUUCUCUGUCAUUCAAAUACUCGCAAUAUAAAUAUUCUGGAAGGGUGAGCACACUAUAAAGCAAAAUUAAAGCAGUCUACUGAAUAUUAAAUGACUGCAACGCGACCGCGACGCUGUGAGUCAUUCCAAAUGCGUCCAAAACGUUCCAAGAUGCUACCGAUGAAGUUUAAACUUCUCGGUUUUUCAAUACUAUCAUUUUGAGGGAAAUCACUGCUUCAAAAAGCAUUUCUAAUUUUCCACCAUCUUUCAAACUUCAGUAUAACUUGGGUGACUACAAAAAAGUAAUUUUUUGUGAAGUUAGGCCGUGUUUUCCAUUUGUGAAAUACGACCUUCACGAUAAUUAGGACGUUAAUCAUUUUUUAGUUCAUUAAAUGUUUAUUUUCUAACAACCUGACUUUUAAAAAUUAUUCACUUUUCGUGAAAAAACCGCGCAAAAUCUCUGGAAAACUCCAAAAAGAGCUAUUUUUUUUAGUCUUUGAGCCCUUUUUUUCUAGAAAUAGGAGGUUGGGCAGGUUGAGACUUUCAGGAUCUUUUUUUGGUAUGCCAAGAAUCAAUCUGACCAAGUUUUUAGGAAAUUCUGAGCUUUUUCCCAAAAAUUGAGGGUCAAAGUGACUUUUAUUCAGAAUCUCGAUAGUUUAACCGCUCAAUAGGUCUCUCUAAUCGCUUUCAAACGUUAAUUCGGUCCGAAGACGGUUUGAUCUUAGCCCACGUCAUGAUUGGACUGGGCUGAACAGAUGAGGCGGUCAGUUCAAAGACUAGUGAUGUCACAAAACGAGUCCAAGUUCAACUUGUUAAAACAGGAAGAUUGAUACGGAAGAUGCCUUAAAAUCAGUACCAUUGCCCAUUUUGAUAUACCGUUUGAGAAUUUAGUGUAGGUUACUGUAACAUUUUUCGUCUUGGGACCAUUUUUUGAAAAAUUAACGGCUUGAAACGAACAAAAUCGUGCUCAGGAUCCUUGAAAUCAGUACCUUUAGCCUUGUUUGUUAUACCUUGGGAGAAUUGAGUCAAGGUUACUGUAGAAUUUAUCGUUCUAGAACCCUUUUUCGAAAUUUUUUUGCCUCUUUAUAAUCAGUAUCUUUGCCCUUUUUGAUACACUUUGUGAGGAAACUGGGAAGGUUACUGUAAGAUUUUUCGUUUUGAGACUCUGUUUUGAACCAUUUCGGCUUGAAGCCAACAAAAUCGUGAUCAGGAUCUUUAAAAUCAGUAUCUUCGACUUUUUUGAUUCACCUUGGGAAUAAUAUGAGAGGUUACUGUAAGAUUUUUCGUUCCGGGACCAUUUUUUGAAGAUAUCAAAACGGUGAUCGGGAUAUCUAAAAUAGUAUCUUUUAAGAUGUUUCAACUUUCUUUUUUGUUCCUACCGGACAAAUUCUAUAUAUUGAAUUUUCUAUCAAACUCCCCAUAAAUAGUCAGAUUUGAAACUUAGAUUUAAUCGGUUUAAAAAUGAACAAUAUUGUGCGUCAUAAUUAUUGGCUCACGCUUAUUUUCUCUAUUUUUUUCCUGAAAGUUCGAGUAUUUUGAAUGAUAUUUUCUUUUUCUUCGUUUCUUUUUAAAACUGUAUUAAAAUUAUAUGUUUAUAAAAGAUGCCGAAUUAUAGAUGGAGAAGUAGAAAAAAAUACUGAUCAAAGAUUUUUUUCUAUUCGUUCUUGAGACGUAUUUUUGGCCGUCUUUAGACAUAAAGUCUACCGGAAAAAAACGCCAGAGUGGUCACUAGAGGGUUUUAUGAAAAAAAUACAGACCCUAUAGGGGACAAGUUUUUCGCAUGGAAAUGCUUCUUCUCAUAGAGUUCAUAACCAUACUCAUUAUAAACAACUAGCAUGCCCCUAUAGGGGCCACUUUUUCAAGCUUCAGUGACCCCUAUGGGGAAGCUAAGGUGGUUCCUUGAGAGGAACCUUCAAGUACUCCUACGGUUGCCCCUAUAGGAACCACUCUGGAGUUCCUAACCUUGAAUCACAUUUUUUUCCCCUUUUGAAAGCAAGAACUAAUAGAAUCAUUCCAGAUUCGGUCGUCGGGUGAGCUCCGUGGAGCUCGUCCGGAACGCGAUGCCGUCGACGAAGAAGGCGUCGGUGGUGAUCUUCGAGACGCCCGACACGCCCAAGCCGUCCGAGCGGUGAGUUUUCUUCUGAUUUUGCUCCUGACGUCAUUCAAUCACUGACGGAAGAAACGGUGCAUCAUGUCUGCUGGCCGCAACACAAUCGGAGUAUUGUCUUCCCUUAGGAGACUUCUUUCUUUCUUUCAAUAUACGACCUCUCCCAUUUCUCGACUUUCUUCGGUUAUAUAUAGUCGUUUUGGAUUUCAGUUUUUUAUUAUGUUUCUUUGGAAGUUCAUUCGAGUUUAUAUGGUUAACUAGAGAAAGGAGUAAGUUUUUUGUAAGGAGCACGACGUCGCUUAAAACUCUUUAUUGAUCAUUUUAUCGCUUGGUUCAACCUUGAAGCUAUAUUCUUAAACCCCAACAUUUCCUACCUACUUCGAAUUUCAGAAUAGAUAGAUUAAAUUUGAUCUUGGACCCGCAAGUGAACGGUUUUUCAAGAAAACUUGUGCUUUUUGAAAUUUGUUUCGAUCUUUUCAACUCUCGGCCUUCCUUCCAUAUAUUUUUUGAAAUUGGCAAGGAAAGGUGAUUUUAUUUUUUUCAAAACAGGACCUCAUCCGUUUAGAUGUAGUCUCUGUGCAUGGUUUUGAUUUCAGUUUUUUCGCUUCAAUAUGAAUUUCAUAACCCAUUCGCCACUAAAAGCCAUUCCAAGUGCGACCAAACUUUGGUGAGAAACUUUUCAAUCGGUGUGGAAUAGAUCUUCUUCCAGAACUUGGAACUGUCUGUUUAGUCUGCGCCCUCUCAUCUCUCGUUUUUACGUGCUUUUUUCAUGUUUCUAUGAUCUCGGCGGUGAGAGAAAAGAGAGCGCAGAUAGGUCAGACAUUUCAAGUUGUGGAAAAUAUUGCGGAAGGCUUUUUUUUUUUUUAGUUUUGAGCUUCCGACCUGAUUUUACAAUCUUUGACAUUUUGAUCUGAUGAGUUUUUUUUGAGAACAUAAAUCUAUUGAGCCAUUCUACAUGCGACCGGGAGGCCUUUUGAAUAAGUGUUGGUUCAUUUUUCAUUUGAAGAAUGAUUUCAACGGUCAGUGACCUGAAAAAAAAACGCCAAAAUCAAGCGGAAUAAGAAAACGAAAGAGAUGAAUGUUGGCUCACUUUUCUUCGCGCGAUGAACCUCUCCCUCCCUCUCUCUCACUUGAGGGGCCUUGUUUGCGUGAUGUUUUAUCCACUGGAUGGAUAUCAUCAUCAUCGGUUGCUGGUGCACUCGCCGGUCACCGCCGGACCUCCUCUCUCUUUUUUUUGUGUCUUGCUUCCUUAACUCGUCUUGAUGUAGAGCCCAUUCCACGCCAGUUUCACUAAAGACUACCUAGUCGAGCGCGAGAAAAACGCGAUGUCGCUGGCGGUAUCGUACAGUGACAACCUCGCAAAUGAACCGCUUUCUCACCGAGUCUGA